UUGAAAUGUGUAAAUUAUUUUCCAACCACAACUUAGAGUUUAAAACAUUAUUUAACUGUUCAAUAAAUUACACUAGUCCGUUAAUACAAAACGAACUUAUUAGCUUAUGUGCGAAUAAUGUUCAAAGUAUGAUAAUAUCUGAGGUUAAGGAUGCUGGAUGUUUUUCUAUAAUGUGUGAUGAAGCAAGGUGUCAUAAGCAAGAGCAAAUGUCUAUCUGUAUUAGAUACACAAAAGACUUUGAAAAACUUGAACGUUUUCUGGGCUUUGUAAAUGUAUCACAGAGCCAAUCUGCUGCUUCAUUAUUAAGUUUUAUUUUAUCUUUCUUGAAAGAAUUGAACUUAGAUAAUAUUCCAAUCGUUGCUCAAUCUUAUGAUGGGGCCAGCGUGAUGCCUGGUUGUAGAGGACGUUUGCAAACAUUACUUAAGAAGUAUCAUCCUAGUGCGGUUUAUAUUCAUUGUAUGGCCUACAGGCUAAACUUAGUGGUGGUUGACAUGUGUAAAAAUGUGAAGUACAGUAAAAACGUAUUUAAUGCUUUAGAAGCAAUUUAUAUACAUUUUUCUAUGCCUACUACAAAUAAAAAAUUUCAAGAUAUGCAAGCCAAACUAAAAAUGGAUCUUGUAACAUUAUCAAGUAUUAGUGAUACACGUUGGGUGUGUAGGCAUAAAAAUUGUAAAGCUGUUAUUGAAAACUUCAAAUUAAUUGUAAAUGUUUUACAAGAAGAGGUAGAAGAAAAUAAUGAUAGAGAUGUUAGCCGAGCUAUUGAAAUAUUAGCCAUGAUGUUGAAAGGAGAAUUUGUAGUAUAUUUACAUAUCAUGAAUUAUGUAUUAAGUAUAAUUCAAAUUUUGAGUUGUAAAUUACAAAUGAAAAAUGAAACAUUAGGAAAAGCUGCUAAUACUAUUAUUGGAGUAAUUAAAACAUUUGAAGAUAGCAGAAAUACAGAAAGUUUUUCAAAACUUUGGGAAGAAAUUGAAAACUUUUCAAUAGAAAACUGUAUCGAUUUGCAUAUGAUUUGUCCAAGAGAAAGAGAAGAGAGGUAA